AUGACCGUUACCAUAGAGACGACCGCCGUGGCGAUGACCGCCGUGACAGACGAGGAGACGACCGCUAUUACAGACGCCGUUCUCCAGAGCCCCGAGAUCGUUAUAGCCAGGACAGANGACCUUCUCCCAUCCCGUGGAGGCCGUGAUCGCCGCUUCGAAGAACGUCCACUCAGCGAUCGCUCGCGCGACAGAAAGCGUUCUAGAGAAAGAUCUCCUGUGAGAGACCGUAGAGACCGCAGUAGAGAUAGACCUCGUGAUUCGCGCAACUAUCGUGACGACUCGCGCGACAGAAAGCGUCCUAGGCGCACCGACUCAAUUGAAUCCAGAAGCCGAACCACACGCGACGACGCUAGAGGAUCCGCUUCCACUCCAAAACCCGAUACACCAGCCUCGGCCCACGUCGCUGACAAGGCUGCCGAAGAAGAACGAAAGAAGCUCGAACGCCAGGCAAAGGUCGAGGCCUGGAAGAAAAAGCAGGAGGAAAAGAAGAAGCUGCCACAAUCCCCCGCCACACCCGCUACCCCUGCACAUGCUGCUACUCCUACUGACACAGCUGCGUCCUCGCCUAAAUCCGUGUCUCAAGACGAACCUCAGAAGGGCUUUGCUGGUGGCAAGUUUGACCCCAAGGCUAUUGCAAAGAAGGCAGCAGCUGCCACGGCGAAGCUUUCGGCGCUUGGAAGUGAUGUUUCUAUACCCGGGAAGUCCAAGACUGCCGCUACUGCGGCUCCUCUUACUGCCAACAAAGCGGCUGACUUUAGCAAGAAACCAUUUACCAGUCAAUCCAAAGCCAACACAACAACCACCGCGGAAGCCCUCAAGAAAGGCUUUGGUCUGACAGCAUCGCCAGCCGAAGAGAAGUCGACNCCCCAGCCGGCACCCGCCAUAGACAUGGACGACGAACAAGUUGAACGUCGCAAGUUAGAGAAGCUUCCUACACCCGAUCUUGAAGAUGCUGGGGAUGCUGCGCUUGCUAACCCGAAUGACGCUCAUGAUGACGACGGCGAUGUCGACAUCGCUGAUGCAGGUUCCGAUCAAGAUAUUGACUCUGCUGCACGUCUUGCGGCAGAGAGACGUGCUACCCAAGCCGCCGAGGCUUCUGUAGAUGAUGGCGACGCUAUGGAAGGCGUUCAGACCACCCAGCCUGCCAACGAAGCUGAAGAAGACGAAAUCGAUCCGCUUGAUGCUUUCAUGAACGGUCUAGCCGAGGAAGCUCCCAGGCCUACUCGCAAGUUCACCAAGACCAAGAUUCGCGAAGCCGAAGACGUCUUCGGUGACCAAGAUGGUGCAGACUUGGACGCGAUGGGAGAAGAUGCUGAUGACAUUCUUGCCCAGGUGGCCCAGAAGAAAAAGAAAAAGGAGAUUCCCAACCUUGAUCAUUCCAAGAUCGAUUACGAGCCGUUCCGCAAAGCCUUCUAUACCGAACCCCUGGAGAUUGGUCAGAUGACUGAAGAGGAAGUCAGAGACUUGCGCUUCAAACUCGACGACAUCAAAGUACAAGGCUCAAAGGUGCCUCGUCCUGCACUCAAAUUCGCUCAGUUCGGUCUAGGUACCCAAGUCUUGGACGUCAUUCGUGAUCUUGGCUUCGAGAUGCCUACUCCAAUUCAAUCUCAGACCAUUCCUGCCAUCAUGUCCGGACGAGAUGUCAUUGGUGUAGCCAAAACGGGCUCGGGUAAAACUGUCGCAUUNUUGCUGCCCAUGUUCCGACACAUCAAAGACCAACGCCCGCUAGAAAACAUGGAUGGCCCAAUCGGUCUGAUCAUGGCUCCGACUCGUGAACUUGCAGUUCAAAUUCACCGUGAGUGUAAGCCUUACCUCAAAGUCCUGAACCUACGCGCCGUGUGUUGUUAUGGUGGUGCACCUAUCAAGGAUCAGAUCGCAGAGCUCAAGAAAGGUGCUGAGAUUAUCGUUGCAACUCCUGGUCGUCUGGUCGACCUUCUUGCUGCCAACUCUGGAAGAGUUACCAAUCUGCGCCGUGUCACCUAUGUCGUGCUUGAUGAAGCAGAUCGCAUGUUUGAUAUGGGAUUCGAGCCUCAAGUUGUGAAGGUCCUCACCAACAUUCGUCCCGACCAUCAGACGGUCCUCUUUUCAGCCACCUUCCCACGUACCAUGGAAUCACUCGCUCGCAAAGUCGUGCACAAACCUGUCCAGAUCACUGUUGGUGGUCGCAGCACAGUUGCUGACACCAUUACUCAAAAGAUUGAAGUGCGCCCUGAGACUACCAAGAUGUAUCGUACACUUGAGGCGCUGGGUGAACUGUUUGAGAAUGACGAGGAUGCACGUGCUCUUAUCUUCGUUGAGCGCCAAGAGUCAGCAGAUGAUAUGAUGAUUCAACUUCAACAGAAAGGAUAUCCUGCUGUUUCAAUCCAUGGCGGCAGAGAACAGAUUGAUCGUGACUCCGCCAUUCAAGACUUCAAGAGUGGUGUCAUCCCCGUUAUGGUUGCAACAUCUGUUGCUGCUCGUGGUCUAGACGUUAAGCAGCUCAAGCUUGUCAUCAACUACGAUUCACCGAACCAUCUGGAAGAUUAUGUUCACCGCUCUGGACGUACUGGUCGCGCCGGUGAAAAGGGUACGGCUAUCACUUUUGUUACGCCCGAGCAAUCCAAAUACUCAGUGGAUUUGGUGAAGGCGUUGAAGAUGAGUAACCAGCCAGUACCAGAAGACUUGCAGAAAAUGGCUUCAGAGUUCCUCGAACGCGUCAAGGCAGGCAAGGAGAAGGGAGCCGCUAUCGGUUUCGGUGGCAGAGGUAUCGAGCGUUUCGAAGAACAGCGUGCAGCCGAACGCCAGCGUGAACGCAAGGCCCACAAGCUCGAAGGUGAAGAGGAAGAAGAGGAAGAAGAAGACAAGAAGACCGCACCCGAGGAGAAGAUCAACGUCGUCAAGAACACUGGCUCGCCUGCCCCCACGAACGCGAAUGUCCCUGGCGUUCCAGCCCACAUUGACCUCAAUGCUGAUAUCAAGGUUCAUAAGACUGAGACUCCUGCACCCGCCAGCAACCGCCCUCUGGACCGUGUUGCUGCAGCUGCCGCAAACAUCAACUCUCGUCUUGGUGCGCGCAAUGCGACUCGUCCUGGUGUUCCUAUCGACAAUAAAGGGCCUGAUGCUGGUGCUUACCACGCGACUCUUGAGAUCAACGACUUCCCUCAAAAGGCACGUUGGGCCGUCACGAACCGCACGAAUGUGGCCAAGAUUCUUGAGUCAACCGGAGUGUCUAUUACCUCGAAGGGUAACUUCUAUGCUGCUGGCAAAGACCCAGGUCCUACCGAUGCACCCAAGCUUUAUAUCCUUGUCGAGGGUGACACGGAGCUCCAAGUCACCCAGGCUAUGCGUGACUUGCAACGUUUGCUCAAGGAAGGAACGAUUGCAGCCGCUGAUAGUGAGGCCCGCGCGCCUACCACUGGUCGCUACACUGUCACUUGA